GUUUGUACCGAGGCAGUUCUAAUUAUAGGAACUGCAAAAUGGACUUGACAAAUAGCGCCCUGUGGAUGGUCUUAGCUAUUUUUUCCAUCACUGCAGUAUUCACCAAAAUUGCAAAUGGAAGAAUUACCUAUGAUCCCGUGUGUACACUACCACCUCCACCUCAGGUGAAGGGUAUUGCUCUUUUGAGACUGUUAUCAACUCUGUGUACGAAGGGCCCUGAAGCAACAAUGCAUUAUCUGUAUAAUAAGUUUGGCAGUAUCUUCACAGUAAGUUUUGUUUGGAAAAGAAUAACUUUUUUGGUUGGACGAGAGGCAUCCGUUAUUUUCUUCCAAGGGUCGGAGUCAGAGGUUACACAAGGAGAUAUAAACGAGUUCACUGUGCCCAUGUUUGGCCAAGAGAUUGGCUUUGCUGUAGAUUACGAUACUCGAAUGGAGCAAACUCGUUUCAUUGUUGAGUCUGUGGGGCCAGCGCAACUAAGAAGCUAUGUUGAUCCCAUGCUUGAGGAAGUGGAGAAAUAUUUCGCAAAAUGGGGAGAAGAAGGGGUAGUCGAUCUGAAACAUGAAUUUGAGGAACUACUUAUGUUGAUUUCAUGUCGAUGCCUUGUCGGAAAAGAGGUCAGAGAGAAGAUGUUUGGCCAGUUUGGAAAAUUGUUUCAUGAAAUUGAGGAAGGUGUGAACUUUGCCAGUUUCAUGUUCCCAUACAUCCCGAUUCCAGUAAAUCGUCGGCGUGACAGAGCACGGAUCAAGCUUACAGAAAUACUAUCUGAGGUUGUUAGGUCACGCAAGAGCUGCAAGCGUGUCGAGGAGGAUGUGCUCCAGAGAAUUAUUGAUUCAACAUACAAAGAUGGCAGAGCCACAACCAUAGAAGAAGUCAGUGGAAUGAUCAUUGCCGUGAUCUUUGGGGGAAAGCACACAACCGCAUUGACUAGCACGUGGACCGGAGCUUGCCUUUUGAGCCAUGAGAAUUUCUUAGAUGCUGCUUUAGAGGAGCAAAAGUGUAUACUUAGAAAGUACAAUGACAAGAUAGACUACCGUAUAUUGUCAGAGAUGGGCACUCUGCACAACUGCAUCAAAGAGGCGGCACGUAUGCACCCUGCAGUGCCGAUGAUAGUCCGCCAAGUGAAAAAGGAUAUCAUCGUUCGUGGAAAAGAGGGCAAUGAACAUGGCAUCCCCAAAGGUAACAUCUUAGUAAACCUCGUAAUGAUGAACGGUAUGUUGCCACACAUUUACAAGGACCCUGAGGUGUUUGAUCCAGAUCGAUUUCGUCCUGGAAGGGAGGAGGAUAAAGCUGCUGGUAAAUUCUCUUACACGAAUUUUGGUGGUGGCAGACAUGCAUGUAGUGGAGAGGCUUAUGCGUACAUGCAAAUUAAAAUUAUAUUUAGCCAUAUACUGAGGAAUUUUGAACUCAAGCUCAUUUCUUCUUUUCCCAAGCCAGACUGGACCAAGUAUAUGCCAGAACCUAAAGGGAAACUCAUGGUGAGCUACAAACGAUUUCAGCUGCCUAGCAACUAAGAUAUUUUAUCAGGUAUCAACAUGUAUUUUGGUGGAUGUAUCUUUGUGUGCGUGUAGCUUUCCUACGGGCUAAGGCAUAUCGCAC